CCAAACUCCAAAUGCCAGCUUGCAGAGUGUCAUGACAGCACAGCCAGCUACAGAAUAACGAAACGACAUCACAGCCAACGCUACAACAGCAGAAACGGACAAUUUUGUCUUCCGGUCCAAUAUUCCACCUACCACUGAGCUAGACCAUCACAUCCACGAAACGCCUCCAACCCCCCCCACAAUGAACACAACCUUCAACUCGGCGCUGAAACAGCGCACAACAAUCCGCAAAGACCUGUCGAUUCUCUCUUCCCAACAACAAACCCCACAAAGUCACCCCAGCCCAGCCGCGCUAGGCUCCCUCUCCGCCUCCCUGACCGCCUUCGCCCGGACAAUAGACGAAUACAACACGCUCGCCAAGCAGGAGCUCAACCCGGCAAAGCAAGAAAAAGCGUUUGAGCGCAUCCGCGACUUCCGCGCCGAGCUAGCCGAGUUCCGCGCGCAGGUCGACGCGCUGAAGGCGGCGCGCGACGAGGCUGCGCACGCCGAGAACAGGGCCGAGUUGCUUGGCAGGAGGCCUUUUGCUGCGGCUACGCCGGGGAAUUCGUACGCGAGCGCAAAUAGUUCGGGAGGGGGGCCCGUCACGGCGUCGAGCUUUGGGUAUGGCGGCGGUGGGGGCCAUGCGAGGACGACGAGUAUAGCUGAAGCGGGGGGGAGUUCGUCUGGCGGGUUGGGAAUGAUGGGCAGCGGGGAUACUACGAGGGAGAGUCAUGCGCUGAGGGAGCAGCAGUUCUUUGCCAGCACGCAUUCCGCGCUGGACGAGUACAUUGCCCGGGGCCAGGCGGUGCUGGGGGAUCUGAGUCAGCAGAGGGAGAUGCUCAAGUCGACGCAGCGGAGGCUGUACUCGGUGGGUAACACGCUGGGCAUCUCGGGGGAUACCAUUCGCAUGAUUGAGCGGCGGGCCAAGGAGGACAAGUGGAUGUUUGGGGGAGGGGUCGUGGUGUUUUUUGUGUUUUGCUGGCUGGUGUUGCACUAUUUGCGGUAGCCUGAUCAAGGCUCUGUCCCGUCAAUGUCGCUAGAUCAUUGAGCGCGGAGUUGGGCGCACGGGCGGUAUGCUGCGAAUUUGGAACAUUCAUUCCUGCCAACUAUUCCACCGUCUAUGCAUGCACCUUUCCAGCUCCGUUUCCCUGACUUGUCAUGCACAACAAAU